AUGGCCAGCGAGAUCACAUUUGAGGUUGGCGAGCCCCUGCGCCGCCCAAAAGUCGCCUACUCGUCGAUUCCCGAGCUCUCGGCGCCCUUCUUGAUCGACCCGGCCCAGCGCAGCUACAAACACCAGUACUCGAACAUUUAUUUCGUCCGACUCGUUCAGCUGAGAGAGACCGUGGAGAACCAAGCUGCUGAAAGAUGGAGGAAUGUUCGAGGCCGGCCCAAGCUCCUCCCGCGUAUCCUUGACAUCCAGCGCACGCAGCUCUGCUACCUUGUCGGUACGGUCUACAUGGACAUGCCGCUCAAGCCAAACGUUCUCGAGGACAUGGCUCGUAGUAACUGGAUCGCCGCCCCGACCCCUCGUGCCAAGUUCUACUCCACGCAGGACACGGUCCACCUCGAGGACGAGAGCGGCCGUGUGCGCCUUGUCGGAGAUGUGAUCCGCCGCGAGAGGGACAGGGAAGGCGGUGGCCUCGUCACUGGCGUUAUCAUGGGUGUCUUGGGUGUGGAGACGGGUAAUGGCGACUUUGAGGUCGUGGAUCUUUGCUUUGCCGGCUUGCCAGAUGUGUACCACCCCAAGGCUGGUCCGUCGACCGAGGGCAACGGCAAGGCAAAGGCAAAGGCCGAGGAUGAUUCUAUGGAUGUUGACGACGAGGCGAAGCCAGACGUUGAGAGCAAGACUUGGGUGGCCAUGGUCUCUGGCCUGUCUGUCGGAAGCGAGUCGGCUCCCCUGGACCUCAAGGCGCAGCUCCUCGUGGAAUGGCUGAUGGGCGAGGACGGUGGCGUGGUGGACCAUCUCGAAGGUGCAAGGAUAGCGCGCCUUAUUCUCGCCGGCAACUCGCUCGUGGCACCUCAGAAGGGAGCCGACGAGAAGAAGCCAAAACGCUUUGCAACCUCCAACCAACCCCUGUAUCCCAACCACCCAACCAAGACAUUGUCCACACUGAUCUCGGACCUCCUCGCCUCCUCCUUGCCCAUCAACCUCGUCCCCGGCCCCUCGGACCCAGCAGGCGCCCUGCUCCCACAACAAGCGAUGCCCAAGGUCAUGUUUGGCGGCAAGAAGAUGGAGGGGCUGGAAUGCAUGACCAACCCUACGUGGAUGGAGAUUGGCGAGCGCAGUUUCCUCACCACGGGCGGACAAACGGUCGACGACGUGUUCAAGUACCUGCCCGGCAAGUCGCGACUGGCCAUGGCCAACCGCACGCUGGAAUGGCGCCAUGUCGCGCCUACAGCGCCCGAUACGCUCUGGAUCUAUCCCUUCCCCGACACCGACCCGUUUAUCAUCUCCCACCGUCCCGACGUGUACAUUGUUGGCAACCAGCCCCAGUUUGAGACUGCCAUCGUGGGCGGAGAUGACCCGACACGGAUCGUGCUCUUGCCCAACUUUGCGACGACCGGGACCGUCGCUCUUGUGUGUCUCGAGACACUCGAGAUUAAGACUGUCAACUUUGAGGUGCCCGCUUGGAUCGGCGAUGUUGCCACAGCGGCCACGGAGGAGUAG